CAGUAUGAAAAGGAAACCUGUUUUGAUGCUGAAAUGAGUUUAUUUGCAAUAGAAGCACCUUGUUUUUUACUGACCUGGAUUUGGCUCUGAUCUUGCACUACAUAACCUGAAACAACAGGAGGCAGUCCAAGAUGAGUGCUGACCAGGGUCUGUGAAACCAGCUGAAAAUGCAGUGCUCUAAACUAGGAUCGCCAUCUUAAUUAGCAUUAAAACUCUCAACAUUGCAGACCUGUGUAGAGCUCAGGGAGUGUUCACAUCUCAAAACGUCUAACGGUCUAGAAAAGAUACCCCCAUUCAUGGUAUUCCUAGUUUGCACACCAUAAGUUAAUAUAUUAAAGGGGUUAAAACCUUGAGGUUUCCUUGCUGUCGUUCUCUUCUUUCCUGCAUGUUCAGUGACAGCAGCCUGUGUGACGGUGGUGUGGUGGAGCCGCUGUCCCGGCGGAGAGUGAGGAACAAGCUGGCAGAGCAGGAGCUGCAGGAGAUGUCAGCCAAGCUGUCCUGCAGGCUGGAAGAGCUCGACUUGAUGCUGAAGCAGGCUCUGGGAGAGACGGCUGGAAUGAGCGAGGUGAGGGGGGAGGAGGACAAACUGUCUCACCACAGCGACAGCUUCAUGGAGUGCCGUCGAACCAAGAGACAGUCAGGAACACCACACCCUAGGAAGCCCCCACGCACGCGCUCCCUGUCCCCCUCUCCUCCCCGUGCCAGGCGCACUCUGCAGGGCCAGUUCGAGGACACUGUCCCCCGGGACCAGAUGCAGCGCAUCCACAGAGAGGUGCAGAGAGAGCUGGAUCUGCAGAGAAGGAAAGCCGGGAUUGUGGGCAGAGCCUACGAAGACAUUUUGAAAAGCUAUCAAGGAAAAGAACGGAUUCAAAUUUCAAAGGAGAAGGCAAAGGCCAAGGAAACGGAACAAGAGUACAAAGAAAACCUCUCCAAGGAUGCCCUCCACACGCCCAAGAGGUCCCGCAUCCGCCCUGCCAAGCCCACUCCUCACACACCCAGAGCCAGCCAGGGAACACCAGCCAGAGGGGUCGUCUUGAAGAUUAAAGACAAUGACCUGCUCCCCUUGCUGCUGGAGGAGUUCCCCUGCCUCCACGUCUCGCCCCACGCCCUCAACAAGAUGUGGAAGCAGCAGUUCAGGCAGAUGGAGCAGCUGACCGGGUCAUUGUCGGAGCAGGAGCAGGAGCAGGAGCGCUCCAGAGCCAAGCUCAACACGGAGGUGGAAGAGGCCCAGAGGAGGUACGAGCUGCUGGUGGAGAUCAUCCGCAAGGAGCAGGAGCACAACCAGAGACUGGUGAGUGAGGAGGGGGGGACACAUUCAGACUGUGAGGAGCAGAGGCAGCAGGUCGCUCGUGUGAAGAAAUAUUACAAUGACUACCACGUGCAGCUGCGCACCAGGAUGCUGCGCUCCAGGACCAGGGAGGAGAGGAUGCGUGCUUUUACAAGAGACUUUACUAACCUGUUUGAGGAAGGCCUGGCAAUCCAGAAGAAGAGAGUGCGAGAACUGCGCUCCUACGCCAGGGACCAGCGCGAGGAGCACAAGAAGAAACACCAAGAAGAACUGGAGUCCAUGGAGAACUAUAACAAGGACCAGUUUUCUAUGUUGGCUGAAACGCUCACCCAAGAACAGCAGGAAAUCCAAGUUAGGAAGAAAGCACAGGAAAAGGUUCCACACACUCACAGCUUCAGCGCUUUCUGCAUUCGAGGUCCUUCCAGUGAGACCAACACCUGCUGUGAGACCAACACCCACACUGGCUUCCUUCCAGUGAGACCAACACCCACACUGGCUUCCUUCCAGUGAGACCAACACCCACACUGGCUUCCUUCCAGUGCAGCACAAGCCACCCGCUGUGAGCCAGAUAGUCAGCCAGACACUUGCGGACAACACCCAGGACCAUCGCAUCAAGCAUGGCAUCAGGAAAAGGACCUCCUUAAUCAUUUUCUUUUUUUUUUCUCAAAGUGCUUUUCAUUUUUUUUAAGCGUGUGUGUGUGUUUUCUGAAGUUAUGUAAUCUUUUUAUGCACUUCUCAAGUCGUUACCAAAUGCAAUCUGUUCAUUGUCUUUCAUAAAGGCAGAUAAGCUGAUUGGGUUUUUUAUUCCUUUUAACUGAUCUGAAUACGACAUCUAUUCCAGGACACUAGUAAUGAAGAGAGUACUAUUGAGGACCUUGCAUUUGAAUAUGUGUCAUUUUAAGGUUGUGUAAAUCUCUCUUGAUUUUCUAUAUUGAGUGGGCGUGGGAGAAGAACUUGCUAAUGUUUUAACAGUGUAAAAAAAAAUUACUGUAUAGGACAGAAAUAAGGUUUUAAAUUAUUUUCAAUCUUUUAUUAAACUUUGUGUCUGAAAAGGAAGUCUUAAUACCAGCUUGUUUUUAAAACUACCUGUUUGCAGUCCUCUGCUUCUGCCACAAGGUGGGGAUAUAGGGUGAAAUUCAGGGUUGUUUUUUAUUUUUAAACCAGGGGUUAAAAUUGAUGCUAAACUGUUUUGAAAGU